AAUCUACAAAAGUGCCGGUUUGCGUUCAGUCCAAGCUGCUCAUAAGAAACGCCGGCCCCUUGUUUCAGAUUCCAGGCUUUCAGGAGGGUUCGAGAAGGCGAAGGCGAAGGCGAGGAGCAAGCUGUACUGCGUACAGACUUCGGAUAUGGAGGACCAGUUCCAGGAUGGCAAGGAGGAGGUCAUCCAAGCAUGGUACAUGGAUGACAGCGAAGAGGACCAGAGGCUUCCUCAUCAUCGCGAGCCCAAAGAGUUCAUUCCUCUAGACAAACUCUCAGAGCUAGGAAUAUUAAGCUGGCGCCUAAAUGCUGAUGACUGGGAGAAUGACGAGAACCUCAAGAAAAUUCGUGAAGCCAGGGGUUACUCUUACAUGGACAUCUGUGAUGUGUGUCCAGAGAAGUUGCCAAACUACGAGGCUAAGAUAAAGAAUUUCUUUGAAGAACACUUGCAUACUGAUGAAGAGAUACGCUAUUGUCUUGAGGGUAGUGGCUACUUCGACGUGAGGGACCAAAAUGAUAAGUGGAUCCGUAUAGCAGUGAAGAAAGGGGGCAUGAUUGUGUUGCCUGCAGGAAUGUAUCACCGCUUUACAUUGGAUACAGACAACUACAUCAAGCAAGAAACCAUGGAGACUUUGGAACCGGAAGAAAGCAUAGAUUCGCAUGAAGAAACCAUGAAUUCACAGAAUCUGCAAGACAAAGAAAGCGUGAAUUUGCAAGAAGGAACCAUGAAUUCACAGAAUCAGCAAGACAAUCUGGGAAGGCCACCGCGUUGCGCACCACAUGCAAUCUCUGAAUUAGGCAUACUUCUGUCAGAAACUGCAAGGGAAUUUGUCAAAAGUGCUGGGUUUCAUAAUAUGCUGAGGGAAUUUCCAUCGAAGAUUCCAAAAUUAACAUUUGUUAUGUGGCUUAUGGACAGAGUCCAAUUUGAUGAGAGUGGUAACAUUGCACUGACCCUAAAAGAGGGAAUGACACGAACCCUAACAAAGGAAGAUGUAUAUCUUAUUCUUGGAAUUGGCAAGACGCCUGGUGAAAGAACUGAUCUUCCAUCAGGGAAUCAAGAAUACCCAGCUGUACUAAAAAAACUGCAUGAGAUUUUGAGUUAUGCUAGUAGGAAGCUGGCAGAGAAGGGCACCAAGAAAUCAAGAAAGGCCGCCAACAAAUCAAGAGUUUUAUUCACCAAACAGUGUAUUAAGGAGGUGCUUCAGAAUGCAGGCGACGAUGAAAUCAAAAAACACUUUGACAAUGAAAUGGCUGCCAAGUUAUUUUGCUUUGUAGUGUUAGACAAGUUGCUGAUUUCACCGGGCUUCAGUACUGUAACUAAAUCCCUUUUAGAUGCCGUCCUAAAUCUUGAUGAGUUGAAGAAAGUGGACUGGUCCACUUUAGUCUUCAACAAACUGAAGGAAAGCAUUGUUGACUGGAAAACGGGCAGUAGGAAUCUCACGGGUUGUAUUUACCUGCUGAUAGUGUUUUUUUUGGACAACAUCAAGAAUGAAUUGCACCAGGAUCCCAAGCCCUUUCUGAUCCCAAGACUCAGUCGAUACACGUUUAAACGAAUAACUGAUCUGCUAGGAGAUGAUUAUGAAAAAAUAAAUUUUAAGAGUUGGGAAGACACCUGCUAUGCAAACAGAGGAAGUGUAGAAGAGUACACAGAGCCCACGGCAAAGAAAGCAGGCAAAAAGAGGAAAGAAGCACCCCCGGCAAUAGGACAAGGACAGGAAAAGGCAGCACACAUGAAAAAAGCGGACAAAAAGUCCAAGGUAGAUGUGGCUAGAGGGUCCAAGGUAAGAUGGCAUGCCCCUUUUCAAUUUGAGACCAGGGGGAUUUUGUGCAAUGUUGUGAUUCCCUCUAUAUUGGUAUGAUGAUCAGGAUUCGAG